AUGAAGGGGCUUCUGUCUGUUCUGCUGGCUGCCCUUGUGUGCGUGGAGCUAGCCCACGCCUUGCAGUGUUACACAUGCCUGGAGCCGAUGAGCACCUCCCUAUGCAUGACCAUCAGCAACUGCUCCACGGAUGACGUUGUGUGCAAGACAGUAAUGUACUCCCGAGAGGAAGUUUACCCCUUCGUGGGCGACUCAACCGUCAUCAAGUCGUGUGCUCCGAAAUGCAUCCCGUCCGACGUGGAUGACAUUGGGAGCUCUCGCCCCACCUUCUGCUGUAACUCUGACUUGUGCAACGUGGAUGGGGCGGUCAGCAUACAAAUCAGCUACAUGGUGAUGGGGAUUUCAGCCAGUUUCCUCUGCGUCCUCCUCAGAACUGGGCUGUGAGGAGCCGGGCAGGUGAAGCCUUUACUCCCAGAGCACCACCCAACAAGCCCCAAGCCCCUCUUGGCUGCGCUUGCCAUCUGCAUUCCCAAUGGGUGGCCUUGGACACUUGUAGGAAGAUGCUUCUUCAC